GUUACUCUAGAUGUUUUGCUUGCCUUGCAUGACACAAACAUUUACUUUUACGGCUCAUGCUUGUUGCUUUUUAAGCGUUCUUUGCAUGCUAUGGAAAUAAUUACACUCGAUGUUUACGUUGGAGACUGUUAGUAUUCCUCCAGCCCUUCUGUAGUUUUCCUCUAUUUAAGCAACGCUCUUCCUCCUCUCUUCCUCACUUGAAGUAAGAGAAUCAAACCACCUUACCAUAGAUAUUCCCUCCUACUCUAAAAAAAAAACCAUGAGUGACUCUCUCCCCCGUCCCUUCCGUUUCGAUGGCCUUGUCCACACCUACCCUGGCUACAUGUUUCAUGAGCCAGUGGUAAUCAAUCACCACCGCCACCUUCAACACUUUGAAAACAAGAGACUCCAUCAUAUCACUCAACUUGACCCUUACGAAUUCAACCUCUACAAGUAUGAUAUUGUGUCUCUCAUUGAAGGGUUGGGUUGGGAGUUUUUGCUAAGGAAACCCCUUCAUCCUGCUUGUCCCGGUGCUGUCAAGUACUUCUAUUCAAACUUGAGGUGUCAAGGUGUCAGCACUAGGAUUUUCACCACGGUGGUGUAUGGUCAUCUUCUGACCAUUCCAGUUGAAGCUCUCAAUGGAAUAUUGAGCUUUCCUUAUCAAGGGCUUGACAUCGCUCACCCUUCUGAAUUAUGGAAGCAAGAAUUCAAGCUAGCCACUGAAUAUGGGAAUUUCUCAAAUGAACCAACUGGUGGUUCAGAUGUCCCAAUCCCUGUCAGCUGGCUGCCUCCCAGGCUACAAGUGUUUCACCACUUCCUCACUCAUGUAUUUUUUCCUCGGUCUUUCAAUCUUGAUAGGGUUCUGCCAAUGGACCUCUGGAUAAUCUCCAGUGCUACUGCUGGAAGGAAGCUCAACUUUUCCUCUCUCCUGUUCUCUAACUUGCUUCCAGUAGGAGAUGAGCACUACCAGGGGCUACUGCCUUUUGGCUCCAUCAUUACCAGGCUGCUUAUCAACCUUGGUGUUGAUUUAUCUGAUCAGCGCAGUGUGUCCUCAACUAUGUAUGUGAGUGCAUUAAAUGUGCCUACAGACUUUCCACCUCCUCCUCUCCCCUCUGCUUCGCUCCUUGGACCUUGUGCAAAAAUUUCUACAGCCAAAAAGGCCAAAUCUACUGGGGAGCCCAGUAAAACUGAUGAUCUGGUUUUUACUGUUUCUGAGGGAAACUCCUCCUUAGAUGAAUCUGUUGCCUCUGCUCCUGCAUCUUAAUGCUUCUGUAGUCCAGGGAAUUAUGUCUAGGUGUUCUAGUUAGUCAGGGGGAACAUGUCUUUAGUAUUUUGUGAUACUGUCUGGUUGGUCAGACAGAGCUUAAGUUAAGGGGGAAUCUGUUUUUCAGUUUGUACUGUCUGGUUGGUCAGACAGAGCUUAAGUUGAGGGGGAAUAUUUUUUUCAGUUUGUAUUUGUACUGUCUGGUUGGUCAGACAUCGCUGUCCCUUGUGGACAAGCGCCUUUUGUUGUACCCCUCCUUAUUUCUGCAAUGAAAUGGUUAGUUUUUCGGCGACUGUUUGAGCUGUGUGUUUCUGUGUUCUGUUUCAGGAAAGCCUCAGGACUUCUCGGACGAAGGGGGAAAUUGUUGAAUGUGCAGCUCCAAACAUCACUACUCAUAAACGACACCGUCUCAGAAACCGCACUGCCAUACAAAACAACGGUGCCGUUUUGACUUCCUCUCACGCUACCGCUUAACGACGUCGUUGCAAGGAAUCGUCCUGCAAAGUCUCGAUACAGCCUUCUCGAGCAAUGUUCUCCAGCUCUUCAUCUUCAACCCCAUGGAGACAACUUUCUCGAAGGCUGCUUUCCUCGAUCUGUAUCAAGAUAGUCACCGCCUCUACAAAGAAGCUAUGAUGAUUACUAUCUUAAUCAUCACACUUAGGAAACGGUCAUCUGCCGAGAAACAGUUAUCUUCACUCUCUAUAAAUUAUGUAAUCUGAC